UUCGAUGAGUCGAAGCCUCGAUUUAAAGCGUACACAACACACCUACGGCCAUUAGUUGCAUUGUGAAAAAUAAAAUUAUCACCUAACCUAAAAUAGAAAAUGGUUGUCUAUCUGUUGGGGGUGUAACUGUGAGUGUUCUCAGUAUAAAAAAUAAGAGGAGUACAGUGUAAUCGUCAACAAUAACCACCUCGACUCCAGUACCAAGGGGUACCGACACGAUUUAUCCUGAACAGAACAGAAUCUGAUUGGUUGGGCUGAGGAGAUUACAGUUCUGUGCAGUUCCCCAAUGUGAGCCCGCCGAGUUCCGCCCAGUGAAUGCCCGCCGCCGCAGCCUGACGAACCCCGAGAAAUGUCGUCCGUGAACAGUGUAGACUCCCUAGGCACCUUCCACUGGGACAUGCUAGAGCUGGCAGGUCACCUCCGCCAGGAGCGGCUGUUCGUGCACUCGGAGCAGCAGACGCUCCAGCUGCUGAACGAGAAGGUGCUCUCGCUCUCCUCCGACCUGGCGAAGCAGGCCUGGAUAACCGAUCAGCAACGAGUGAACCUGAACCGCCUGAUAGUGGCUCGCCCCGACUGCAGUCCAGCGAUCUGUUGCCAGCGUUCAAACACCCUCGAGAGCUCGCACUUCGUGGAGGCCUUCAAGCACCUGCGCUACCAGUCCUGCCUGACCUACGGUGAGUUCCUCUGCACCCUGAGAAAAUCCCCAAAGCUCCUGGCCUCAUGCCUGGUGGAGGGUGACAAGCUGAUGCCGGAGGGCAUGCAGAGCAUCAUCCAGACGCUCUCAGCAGGCCUCUACGGCAGCUGCCUCCUCCCCGAGGACAAGCUCUUCGUCCUGAAGCUCCUGAGACACCUGAUGCUCCUCCAGAUAGUCCCCUCAGACAACCCCAGACGACUCCUUCGACACGGCACCUGUGCAUUCUCAAGAUUCUACUCAGUAUUCCACGAGAGCCUCUUCUCAGCCAAACUCUUCCUCACAGCAGCCCUGCACGCCCCCAUAACCCAGCUCCUCAUGGAGGACGAGAUGUUCCUGGACAUUGACCCCGACAAGGCGCCCAUAAGGUUCCCACCAGUCGAGAGAAUGAAGAGAUUCGGCAAAGAGGGAACACCUGAGUACCAAUCACGCCUCCAACGCUAUCGCCUCUGGACAGUCAACUCUCUCGUGAGAAUCACCUCGAGGUUCAUCGUCAGCAUUCGCGAGAACAUGCACUGCUUCCCCACCAGCGUCUGCUGGCUGGUUCGACAGAUGGCUGGGCUGCUCACAAAAAGUGGAAAUGUCGACCAGAAGGAGGUCCACGCCAUGUGCACAGACCUCGUCUUCACGUACUUCGUGUGCCCAGCCAUUGUCAACCCUGAGCCCUACGGGAUCACCGACACCCCCAUCAGCUACGUCGCGAGGUUCAACCUGAUGCAGGUGGGGCAGAUCCUCCAGAUGCUGUCGCUCAUGAAGUAUCAGACCAUCGACACCAAAGUCAUGGAUCUGUACAGGAAAUUCGAGAAGGAUUCAAUAUCGUCGAUCAUUGAUUCGAUGCUCGAGGGGACCAGUGACGAUCUCCACGAGGAGCCCACCAUCAUCGAUAAUACAAAGCUCCAGGGGUUGACGAGGUCGGCUGCCCUCUUCACGGAGGGUGAAUUGAACUCUCUGAUUCAAUUCCUGCAGAUUGUUAAUACGAGGACAGAGGAGUCUGGGGGGAAGGAGGAGGUGACUGGGGGAAAGGAGCUCGAGGAGAUGAUGGGGCACCUGCCCCUGGGGGGCGUCUCCAUCAAUAAAACGGUGAAUGUCUCCCCGGAGACACCCAGCAAGCGAGGGGGCCUCCUGGGGAAGGUGUCGAGGGGUCGGGGAGGUAGGAUAUCCUCGGCGUCUUCCUCAGGGGCUCCAGAUGGCGCUGAGGAGACCAAUGGGGCCUCAGGCCCAGAGGACGACUUUCCUGACAAAUCCCAGGACGUUUUGGUGAUCCCCUUUGGCCCAGUCGUUGGGGAGUCCGUGGGCUUGCUGAGCGAGCAGAAGAUCCUCUGCAUGGGGAUCCAGAACAACCUGGCGUCAGAGUCAGCCCGACUGAAUUCCAAUUUACGAAAUGGAAACGAGAGACGAGAGAGCAGUACCUCGGAGAGGAACGAAACCCAGGAGAAGAGAACUAGAUUUUCUUUGUCACACGAUGAAGUCCUCUUCGAGGGGUCGAUUGGAAAUACCUCUGAUAAUCUGGAGGCGGUCUCGGAGGCAGCCUCCAACCACUCGGUGGCGUCCUCCCUGGAGCUGGAGACAGAGGAUCAGAACGACAAUCUCUCUGACAUGGUGUCAGCCAAUGUCUCAGGGAGGGGGACCCCCAACAUCUCAGGAAGGGACACCCCAUCCUCACAGAUAACCGAGGGCGAGGCUAGGCCCCUGGACCUUCCACCGCCGACGAUCUCCACCAAGCAGUCGCGUUCAGAAAUAGACGACAAGUUCUGUAAAUUUGAGAUUAAAAAAUUGAUCGAAGGGGAUGAGACUAUUUCCCUGGUGUCAGACACUUGGUCGACUGAUGUUUUGGCUUCGGACUCCGAGACGGUGGAGCAGCAGGAGAGGUUUCCCUUUCCUCCACCGCCAGCUGUCGAGGUGCCACAGGUGCUGCCAGUGCCCCCAGGCCUGCUUGACGUCAGUGAAACAGCUUCUGAGGCCUGGAGCACAGACGUUUUAGCCAGUGACUCUGAACGUCUAACUGAAGUUGACACUGAUGACACAGCCAGUGUGGCACGUUCUGAUGACACUGCUAGGUCCGAGGUGGAGGUGGAGAGUCGAGGUGAGCCCGAGGGUGGCGAGGAGCACCCAGAGCCCAGUGGCUUCCAGGUCGAUGGAGCUGGGCCCCUGUUUAGACCCAUUCGAGAGGACCCCAUUGGCAGGGCAGCUCCUGUCCAGGGGAAUGUCACUGGUCGUGGGGGCACAAGGUCUGAUUAUCGUCGCAGCACCAUGGAGUACGUCGACAACAACGCCAACAACAUCAGCAAUCUCGAGUAUGGGAAGUCUGUGAAUGACGAUGGGCUCGUUGGACUCAUCGAGAAGCUCCACAUCGACGGGAGCUGCAAGGGAAAUGAGUCCCAGGGCAGUGGUAAGCCUCUGGUUCUGAAUGGCGAUGCCAAGCACGAUGAGCCUGAUCCAGUUGUCAGGCUGAGCACAGCGAGUCUCGCCUCCAGCAGCUCAGGCUCGGCAUCGAGUUCAGAUAAAUCCAAGAAUGCAACGUCAACUCCGGAGAUACUGGUGCCUAGAGUUGCUCUGGCCCCUGAGGGCACUCCCGAUGGGGCCAGUGGGGCCAAGCCCAGUAUAUCGACAGGGGCCAUUCCAAAGAGCAUAAGCUUCGAUAUGACUGCUGCCAGGGGGGACAAGGAGCUGCUGGAUGACGACCAGAAGAACAAGCGAGGGUUCUUCAGCAAAUUCAAGAUGUCGUUGAGGAGCAGAAGGGGAAAGUCACCCAGGGGAGACGAACUGGCUCGGUGCUACGACGAGACUGAUGGGGAGGUGGGCAGGCACAGGCUCAGGAGGAUCAUGUCUGAGGACACAUCAGCCACGAAUAAUGCCAAUGGGGACAGCACCGAGGAUAUUCUCGCCAAAUACAGGAGGAAACCGAGUGCCACUAGUGAUACAGCCUCUGUGGAGAGCAGCCAAUCGAGGACGAAGGAGGCGGAGGACGAGAGGCUCUUGAUUGACGUUAAUAAUGUGGAGUUGUCGUUCGCUUUUGCCGAUGCCAAACGCAAGCUGAGGAUGGUUCUGAGCACAGCUGACCUGCAGCACAUACCCUGGAGUGUGUCUUCUGAGAGGAGUCCCUGGGUGCAGAAGGAGAACGAACUUGUGGCUUUUCUGCAGCUGCAGUUGGCUGAGGCUAUCAAUCUUCAGGACAGGGCACUGAUCGCCCAUUUGCACGAGACUCUGAGGUGUGUCAGGCUGUUCAAUGACGAGGGCUGCAGGAAGCUGUUUAAUUCGCUGAAGGAGGACUAUCAGAAAAGGUCUCCUUACAUUGCAUAUUUGAUCAGGUGCAAGCAGGGACUGCUGUCCACUCUGGCACAUCUGGAGAGGCUUGGGGAGAGGGUCAAGUGCGACAGAGAUGCUGUUAACAGUCAUCUUGUUGCUGUUUGUGUCAGGGUUUUCCUGGAGAAACGAGAGCCUCAGGUGCUCAGGUUCUGCGAUGAAUUUCAGAAGCUCAAGGUUGCUGAUGAGAAGCAGGAUCUUGUCGAUCAUUUUCUGGGGAAGAUCAAUUCGGAGAUGGAGGGGGAUUCUAUUUGGCAGGCGGCCAGUGAGGUACAGCUGGAGAUGGCCAAGGUCGUUGUCGAGAGGACUCUCAUGGCGAGGGUUUAUCACAAUGCACUUUAUCCGAAUGGAGAUGGGGAUGUCUACAGGGAUCAGCUGUUUCAGGAUCAUAUUAAGAAACUGUCGAAGGUGGUCACACCCAAUCAUAAGGAUCUGAGGAUCCCUAAGGUCUAUCAUUAUGAGUGCCCUUGGCCCUGGGCACAGGCUGAGCUGGCUGUCAUAUCGGCUUAUAAAACACCCAGGGAUAAGCUUCAGUGUGUCUUCAGGUGUGCCACCACUAUCAUGAAUCUACUUUCUAUGGCCUCCGAGAGGGGCAUCCCCGCUGCUGAUGAUCUCAUUCCUGUUCUGGUUUAUGUCAUCAUUAAGGCAAAUCCACCGUCAUUGCUGUCAACAGUACAAUACGUCGACAGUUUUUACGGAAAUCGUCUCGAGGGUGAGGAGCAAUACUGGUGGACACAAUUCUGCUCUGCUAUUGAAUUCAUCAAGACCAUGGAUUAAUGGCUCUUAACUGUAAUCUCUAAUUCAUGUACAGGAUAUAAUUAGUUGAUUUAUUUGUUUUGUGGGUAUCGAGGAAGUAUUCACGGUGUGAGUUAACGUCAGUGCCAUGGAUUGACAAUACAACUUUACACGGACGUUUCGGAGAUUAUGUUUUCCUUUGGUUUUAUGCAUCAAUUAACCCUCUGCAGUGGGUGUUGUAGGACAUUUCAUAUUAUGGAUUCAAUUGUACGAAUUUUUGAGUACUCGAGGGAUGGAUUUGAUUCGCCUCACGAGCGUGGAAUACAGGUUUAUAAAUUGUGAUUUUGAAGAUGAGAAUUGUGUUCACGUAUGAAGAAUUUCUGUGGAAUUUUAGUGAUGAGAAUUCGUGCAUUUCGCAGGCGAAUGCCUACAGGGCUGUAGGGAGUGGAAUUCCCUAUGGAGAACAAAUUUAUAAGAAAAAUUAAACACAUUUUUCUUGUCUACGAUCAAGAUUUUUAUAAAAUAGUCCCCUGUAGGGCUGUAAUAAUAGUAUUUCUUAUGGGACGAUUUGUAGGAUCAAAAUUUCCAUAAAUGAAUUUUUACCAAGAGUUUUUAGUGAAUUUUUGCGUGAAAAAUUGUAAUUUUUAAAGAUGAAGUUCCAGGAUUUUUUAGAAUUUUCAUAGAGUCUCCUAUUAUUCUUCAUAUAACUUUUUAAAAAUGAAAAUAGAAUUUUUUAUCAGAAAAGCGCUGCAAUUUUUAUUUUCAAUUUUUCUUUAUUCAGAGCCGAAAUUUCGUAUUAAAAAGUUUCGUACAGAAUUUUUCAUAGAACUUUUUUUUUUUAAUAGGAAAUUGGUUUUUCUACGGAUCUAACUGUGAGGGGAAUUUCCUAUGGGAAUUUUCAUACGAGAAAAUCCUGUUUGAAUUUCAAGUCAAAAAAUGAAUAUUAUUACAAAAACUAAUAUUUUGACAAAAAUAAUUGAUUGUCGAAAGUUGAAGAUAUCAAACGCUUUGAAAUCGCUGAUGCCCAGCACUACUUAUGCCACUUUGUGACGUCAUGACCGAAAUAAUAGGUCUCGAAAACGUCUGAUUUUCAAUCAAUCAUUAUAAAAUAUUAAGGCAAUAUUUCUCCAUAAUUAUUUUCGCUGGGGUGAAUAGGGAAAUUACGGAUUUUUUUUGAAAAAAAAAUAUAAUAAUUUUUAAUGCAGCAAUAGAAUUUUCAUGAAAUACUCUACUGCAAAAAAUCCUUUCUACAACUCUUAUACCAAAAACCGAAUUAUUUCUUUUCAUAAAUUUUCGUAGAAAAUUUAAAAUUUAAUAAACUCUCCUAUUGACAAAAUUUUUGUAGGAAAUGUCUGAAUUCUCCAUAAAAUCUCCACAGAAUUUUCCGCAGGUGGGCGUGCAGAGCAAUAAAAGAAAGACCAAAUAAUACUUCGAUAAACUUAUGAAAUAAAAUAUUGAAUGAACUCAUCCACGUGCUGUUGAACAGCUGUAAAUCAACCACCUGAUGCCAAGUUUUUGAUUCAUUUGGGCUUCGCACACCCGAGGGUUUGAGAUUUUUACGAUUAAAAAAAAUAAAGGGUAGAGGGGAUGAAAAUACUCUGCAUUGUUAUAGCUACUAUGAAUAUGCGCAUAAUGACAUGAUCGCAAAAUAUUUUGCAAUAUGAAAUAUAGUAAAUAUGUAUACAUAUAUAUUUUUUUAGUCAACAAAAAUAUGCAAUAUCUUCGAAAUAUCAUAUAUUGUAGGAUAUGCACAGUAAUACAAGGGAGAUGCACAACUAAAGUACGGGAGAGAUUUAACGUUUGGGGUAGAGAUAGUAUACGGCACUUCUGUCACAUUAUUUCGGCUCAUUCGGCUGUGUUGGGUAUUGGAGAGUAACUUCAAUCAUGGGAUCAUUGAUUCACGCAUGAAAAAAAUUUAUAGAAAAAACUAGGGAUUCGCUAGACAAUUCUACUGGAUUUCUAUUGAAAUUU